CAUAAAUUCGAACCAUUCUCAUCUUAGAACCACACUAGUCACUAGUUAAAGAAACUAGAUCGUAUUUUUAUCCCAGACGGUUGAUGAUAAAAGGAAAAGAGUUGAAGAGGAACUCCAAGGAAUUAAAAGACAUUCAAAACGAAGAAUACGAUGAUGUGGUAAGAAUAACAAAAUACUUCUUAAAACCAGCGUAGUGCGAAAGAAGCAAACAACCAACGCUGAAAAAUUAAAAGUCUAUUCAAUAAUUAAAUGUAAUCAUGCACCCUUUUUAGCGUAUCACCCGGUCAAAGCUAUUUUGGUGAAAGCUCCGUGUACAGUAUGAUGCGUUUCACCGCAUCAACUGGAGCCCCGGCCGAGAGUGGAGGAGCCUUUCUGAACACACACACACACCGAAUGGGUUUGCUUCUAAACUUUUAUUUUAUUGUUUUAUGUAGGUACUGAAAAGAGGCAAAAAGCAAGUAUGAAUGGAAGUAUGAAUGUCUGUGAAGAAGAAAGACUGCAAUUUUGGGACGAAAUCAGAAAGCAAGUUGAAUGUGGUGAAAACAAAGAAGAUCGGUGGAAGAAGACAAUUCUUUGGCGUGCUUUUCAGUUUAGUCCAGUAGAUCAAGAAAUUGUUAAAUAUUUAGUUGACCAUGGAGCAGACAUUUAUUCCAAGAACGAAAAUGGUGAAACAGUUCUGCGGAUGGCGACGAGAAAUGGUCUAUUUGAACUUGUUAAAUAUUUUAUUCAAUAUGGCUCUGAUAAGUCAGGCAAAACUGCGUUACAUCAUGCUGUUGAUGCUGGUGUAACAGACAUUGUCAAAUAUUUAGCUGAGCAAUGUGCUGCUGAUGUAAAUGGCAAGAAAACUAACGGGGAGACACUAUUGCACGCUGAAGGUACUAAAGGUACCUUUGAAAUGGUGAAAUAUCUUGUUGAAAAUGGCGCUGAUGUAAAUGGAAAGGAUAGUGACGGGUGGACCGUGCUGCACUAUGCUGUUACUACAGAUAGGCUAGAAAUUGUAAAAUAUCUUGUUGAA